AUGGAUAACACAAGUAAAAAAUCUGGUACGUCGAUGAAAAUUUUUAAAAAUAACAAAAAAAAGUCAACAUCUCUCGAUAAAAGUGACGUAACUUCACCAAGCUCAUCAAGCUCGGCAGAACAUGAAGCCAAUAAUAUUGAUGCAAUUAUUGGUGAAUUGGACACAAUUUCGAUUCACAGUGACCAGCAGAUACCUAGUACUUCAUACUACCGAUCUCGUGUGAGUGUUAAUCCCAAUGGUGAGGGUAGUUAUGGGGAAAUUUUUGAGAAAGUAGGAGCAACAAUUGAACUUCAUGUGUUGCAAGACAAUCAUCCGAAUAAAAAAUUGUUUGAUGAGGUACGGAAUAUUUUAAUAUGCUCCAAAUUACUUGAUAAGAUACCUGAGCAUGUAGACCAGCAGUGUAAUUUGGUUGAUUCUCAUAUGGAAAUCGAAAGAAAUCAUUGGAAUAAAGUAAAUGAAAUUAUGAUGCCAAGUACUUUGAAGAGAUCUAAAAAUGCUACAUUAGAGCAUCAAUCUUGUGUGGAAAGAAUUAAUAAUGACAAUGAGAUAAUCCAAAAAUACUCGAGAGGACAACAGAAAUUGAUAGACCGAUCUCUGUCGAUUUUGUGGUGUAAAAUCAGCCGUGAAUACGCCUUAACUUGCAAACAUCUACUCAUAUGUAUUGCCUAUAAUAUGGAUUAUUUUUUGCCAGAUAAUAAUGACAAGGAUCUCACAGAAGUCUAUAUGAAAACCGAUCAACUUUAUCAAUUAAUUGGCAAGUAUAAUAUAAGUUUCAUAAAAUUAAAUGAAGCUUUCAAGAACAUGGAUAGCAUUUUUCGCAACAAUAAUGAGACUAUGUAUUCACUCCUGAAUCCAGAAAUGUCUAUGAAAAAUUCACAGGCAUCUAUUGAUAUUCAAAUGAAACAGCAGAAUAGUUACCAGGCGCUGAUCAAAAAACGCAAGCAGCUGAAAAAGAAAGUUCAAAAGAAAAGUGCAUCGAUCAAGGAAAUAAUCAACAAAGUGGAGCCAAGGACUGUCGAUAAAUUGAAACAGGUCGUAGAAAAAUACAUCCUAGAAGCUAUAUGCUGA